AUGGAUCAGGAUAUAAGCUCUUUUAUUGCAGAUGAGAGUUUUAGUAUUGGAGAAUCAAACAUACUGUGUAUUGAGGUGCUAAGGGAUAAACUCGGAUGUUGUUUAUUAGAGGGGUCUACUGGAACUUUAAAGAUAUUAAUGCAAGACCAAUUAUUAUCGAUUUCAAAAAGCGAUGAGACUAGUAUGAUUGCAGAAUCACUUAUAUUGGUGAAUAAUCCUCAAGUUUGUCUAAUUUCUGCUAGAUUAGAUGAGAUAAGUUAUAACUACAUUGAGAAAAUAUGUUCAAACAACGGCUGUAAACUUGAAUUGCAAGCAAGUGAUAGUUUUAACCGCUCAAGUGAGGUGGAGCUAUUAUCAGUGGCAGGCCACCGUGGAUUUUCCCUUCUAAAGCAUUCGAUAGUUAAUUCAAAUGGUUCCACAUGUGUAACUGCAGCAACGAUUAAUUGUCUGCUAUCAUGGUUAAACAAAAAUGGUGAAAAUGGAUUUGAAGACGAUAGUUCAACUACUCUACUGCCAAGAAGUAACGAAAUAAUCUAUCAGAUCGAGUCGUUAGAUUUAAAAGACCGCGCUUUUAUCGAUGAAGAUAGUCUAUUCUCGUUAAACGUUUUACCGCAAAUGCAAAAGAUGGGGCAAGAUAAAUUGGUUCAAAAUGCUUGUUUUAGCGUUUGGGAGCUGCUUGGACAAGAUCUUUCAGAAAUGGGGAAGAAAAAACUCAGAUCUUGGAUUACUGGGCCCUUAACCAAUAAGGAGAUGAUAGUGAAACGUUAUGAUAUUAUUAGAACAUUGUUGAAUAGAACUAAUGCCUCUCUGUUUGAAGAAUUACGGACAGCGGCUAAACGUAUGCCCAAUGUAAUAUCAACUAUGAAUCAAUUACAAGAGGGAAAAACCACUGUGAACAGUUGGUGCUCAUUGUUAGAUUUCCUUACAAGAAGUUUGCAAGUUUACCGAUUGGUUUCCAUGUUACGGUUCGAUAGAAGUAAUCAAAACAUUUUCACCCGUAUACAACAAACAGUUAAUUCUAAAAUAGUCAAGCGACUCUCGGCGAGAAUUAACGAUGUUAUUGAUUUAGAAACUUCGAAAGAGACUAAGAGUAUAGCGAUACGUGAUGGAGUGGAUUCGAGGCUAGACCACUGUAGAAAUGUUUACAAUAGUUUGGAGGCUAUUUUGUGCAGUGUUGCAAAAGAUGCUGAAAUUACCAUUCUAAAUUCUUUGGUGGGGCAAGGGAUCGAUACUGAUGCGAUUGAUGAAAGCUUAGUUAAUGCAGUUUAUAUUCCACAGUUGGGGUAUAUGGUCACAUUAGAGAUCGGUUUUGAGCAAGCAGAAUGGAUUUCUCAAGAUUUACAAUGGGAUGAAAUCUUUAGGACAGAAACUAAUAUCUAUUACAAAAAUUACCGUGUCAAUGAAUUGGAUAAUGAAUUUGGUGACGUUCAUACUUUGAUAUUUGAUCUAGAGAUUGACAUUCUACAUUCAUUACAAAACCAUGUAUUAGAACAAAGGGAAAUGUUAUGCUUCUACAGGCAUUUAUUAGCAGAAUUAGAAGUGCUACUAUCCUUUGCCUAUGUAUCAGAAUCAAGAAAUUACGUGGAACCAGAAAUAUCAGAAAAAAGUUGUAUAUUAGAAGUGGAAGAAGGUAGACAUGCGCUCUACGAGACCAUGGUUAAUACUUAUAUCCCAAAUAGCAUCUCGUUAAAUGGCGGCCCGUUUCACGUUUCAAAUCCGUCGGCGUGGUUUGAAAGUGGGUUCGAACGGAUUGCCAUCUUAACAGGUGCUAACCAAUCUGGUAAGUCCGUAUUUCUCACUCAAAAUGGUCUCAUAGUGCUCUUGGCUCAAAUUGGUUGUUUUGUUCCUGCUAAAAGGGCAAAAAUUGGUAUUGUGGAUAAAAUAUUGACUAGGAUUCAAACACGAGAGACUAUGACUAAAGAUCAAAGUUCAUUUGCCCUCGAUUCUUUACAAAUGGCUAAAUGUUUGUCGCUGGCGACAGAAAAAAGUUUAAUCUUAGUCGAUGAGUUUGGGAAGGGUACUGAUAUUGCAGAUGGACCGGCACUCUUUGGAUCCGUUAUUAGUGUUUCAUCUAAAGAUCAAAGGUGCCCUCGAAUAAUAGGAUGUACGCAUUUUCAUGAAUUAUUUAAAAAUGGAAUUUUGUCAGAGGAUGUAUUGGGUGUUAAGCAUUAUACUACCGAUAUUUUGUUGCUAAAUCAAGAGAGUCAAUCACAGGCGAUAGAUGUUCAUAAAGAAAAUUUUGGCAUCACCUUUUUGUAUUCGGUCCAGGAAGGUAUCUCUAGAGAGUCUUUUGGUAUCUAUUGUGCAAAAGUUUGUGGAGUAGAUAGACCAAUUGUUACUAGAGCCAAUGAGCUGGCGUCCCUGAUGAAUCAAGGUUACGAUAUGGUUGAUUACUGUGGGAGAUUGACUGAAACUGAAAUUGCAGAUCUACAACAGAACCAAGAAAUAGUGAAAAGAUUUUUGUUAUGGGAUUUGGAUUUGGAGGAAACCACUGAUACUAACGAUUUAAAGGAAAAACUAAGGUCAAUAAUUAACCCUUCCUAA